GGUAUAAAAGGGAGCGUGGAGGACUAGGUGGCAUUAUGUGGUGGGCUUCAUAAUGAAAAUACUGUUGCUGUGUCUGGCUGUCCUGCACGCUGGGUCCGCGCUGGACCCUGAGGAGCAGAACAUCCCCAACCCCUGUGGUGGAUCAAGCUACUCGCAGGUGCUGUGUAUGUCCUAUCUAUUCUAUGAGGCGGAGCGCUCCGGCUACCUCCCGCCCGAUCAACGUGUUACCUGGCGCGGCAACUCAGGGCUCGGCGACGGUAAUGACGUGGGCAGGGACCUGACUGGUGGCUACUAUGACGCUGGUGAUCACGUCAAGUUUGGAUUCCCAAUGGCGUACACUACCACCGUCUUGUCCUGGGGUCUCAUUGACUUCACGGAGGGACACAUCAAGGCUGGACAGUUGGACUAUGGGCGCGCCGCUGUGCGUUGGGCCACUGACUACUUCAUCAAAUGCCACACAGCCGAGAGAGAGUUCUAUGGCCAGGUUGGGGACGGCUACGCGGACCACGGCUUCUGGGGACGCCCUGAGGAUAUGACUAUGUAUCGUCCCGCUUUCAAGAUCCACCAAGGAGCUCCAGGAUCUGAUUUGGCCGGAGAGACAGCCGCCGCCAUGGCCGCCGCGUCCAUUGUUUUCAAGAACGUGGACGACGGCUACUCCAGCACUCUGCUCACCCACGCCAGACAGCUCUUCGAUUUCGCUGAUCAGAACAGGGAUUUGUACCAUAACUCGAUCCCACAGGCAGCAGACUUCUACAGGUCGUGGAGUGGUUAUGGGGACGAGCUGUGCUGGUCUGCGCUGUGGCUGUACCGCGCCACCAACGAGCAACAGUACCUGGACAAGGCCAAACAGUUCUGGGAUGAGUUCGGCAUCGGCAACGUUCCUGGCGAAUUCUCCUGGGACAACAAGAACGCCGGAGCCUAUGCGCUCUUCACAAUGCUGGACGGGGACGGCAAGUACUCGGGCGCCCUCAACACCUUCCUCAGCAACAUCAGGAAUAACAACCCGUACACUCCUGGCGGCAUGGUGUUCAUCAGUGAGUGGGGCUCCACAAGACAGGCAGCCAAUGCAGCCUUCAUUGCCCUCAUGGCAAACAAGCUGGGAGUCGAUCCGGGCACCAACUAUGGCUGGGGGAAGGGACAGAUAGAUUACAUCAUUGGCACCUACGGCCGCUCCUUCGUGGUAGGGUACAAUAACGGUCCACAGAGGCCCCACCACCGCUCUAGCUCGUGCCCAAACAUGCCUGAGUAUUGUGACGGAAACUGGGCUAUGAACCAGGGUGGCCCCAAUCCCCAGACGCUGUAUGGUGCCCUUGUGGGAGGUCCUGGCCAGGAUGGUAGCUACAACGAUGACCGCCACGACUACGUGAAGAACGAGGUGGCUUGUGACUACAAUGCUGCCUUUACUGCCGCCCUCGCCGCCAUCGUGGAAUCCAUGUGAGACUAAGGCCCAUAUUUCGAAACUCUUCAAUUCCGUACCUCCACUACAUUCAAAAGCCUUUAGUUGAAGUUACACUGGUUUUCAGGGGUGUUUACAUGAUUGUAGUAACAUAUCAAUAAUAUUUGUAUAUCAUUAACCGGAGAAACAUUUUUGAGAAUUUGGGUAAUCAUCUACCCCGGUAAGUAGCCUUUGAAAAUAGUGGUGGUGAGAGAGCAAAACGUUUCUCAAUACCGGCCUUUGACAACGCGUUACACAUACAUGAAGAUUAUAAGAAAUAAAAAGAAAUAAGAAAGUAAAUAAACAUCAAGUGACACGACUUUAAACUUUUACUUGCAUCAUACUGAUCAUUAUAAAGAAAAAAAAGAAAAAGAAAAAAAAGAUUUAUUUAAUAAAAGAGGAACAGCUUUCAA